AUGAUCGCCCACGAUUUCAAGCUCAAAAACCGGGGAAGGGAGAUUGUGCGCAAGGAAGAAUGGCACCGGAAUGAUCUACCUUGUCGCAGCGAUAUGCACACUUAUCAUGUUCCAAUCAGCCUAUCUGGCCCCUUCAAGGCUGCCAUUGUGCGCAACAAGCCUCAACUACUCGGGCAGGAUAGGCUUGUGAUGACGCCUUUAUCAGGAUGA